AUGGUGAAGGCGGUCAUAGGAAUUCUCGUUCAAUGUGACCCGUCCAUAAAAGCUAUCAUUAUGAGCAUCGACGCUGCUGAUAAUCAAUUUGUUGUCGAGGAACUUGAUGAUCAAACACUGGUUAUCAAGGAAAGUCAGCUGUCAGAGCUGAAGCGACGACUCGAUGAGCAAUUGAAGGAUACUCAACAGCCGCCUGAAGAUUCAGGAUCGGAUUAG